AUAAACCUUUCACAAUCGCCUUCGUCUUUGAGAGAAAGAGAUGGUGAAGUUUCUAAAGCCAAACAAGGCGGUUAUUAUCUUGCAGGGCCGAUAUGCAGGCAGGAAAGCGGUGAUCGUCCGUGCUUUUGAUGAUGGAACAAGAGAUAAACCCUACGGACAUUGCCUUGUCGCCGGAAUCUCAAAGUAUCCGAAGAAAGUGAACCGGAAGGACUCAGCGAAGAAGACAGCAAAGAAGUCACGUGUGAAGGCAUUCAUCAAGCUCGUCAAUUACAAUCACAUUAUGCCAACUCGUUACACGCUUGACGUUGAUAUUAAGGACAUCGUCACUGUUGAUUGUCUGCAAUCUCGCGACAAGAAAGUCACAGCUGCAAAGGAGACCAAGGCUCGUUUAGAGGAACGGUUCAAGACAGGGAAGAACAGGUGGUUCUUCACUAAGCUCAGGUUCUAAAUUUAUCAAUUUCUUAAUGCUACUAUGUUUUAGAUGUUUAUUUGUUGAGGAAAAUGCCUGAUUUCUGUAUUAUCCCUCCCCAAUUUAUUUCUAUUAAAAUGUUACUACAUUUGGACAAAUUUUGUUGAGGCAGAUAUUGAAUCUGAUAUUCAAGGGCUUGUUAAUCUUGGCUUUAGAGACAGAUUUGAAACAUUUCGUUGAAUGAUUGUGAAGUGUCAUCUGAUUCUA